AUGAGGAAGGACCUUCAUAAGAGACUUCAGUCCCUACAGCACUGCCAUGUUUCUUUUUCAGUGCCUGGAAAUAUUGCUAUUAUUGCUAGGUUUGUUUGCUCCAUCCUCCUCCUGUGUUGUUCUCUCUCUCAUGGAAGUUGCAGGAACCUCCGUCCCACAAUGCCACCUAUCCAGCUGCCACUGCUACUCCUCUGCCUGACCUUGUCUGGUGUUUGCCUCAACGGGGGGCAGUCCCUUCCAGAGGGAAGUGAGAACAUGGGAAGAAGUCCCCUGGAUGACAUCCUGCAGAGAUCCAAAAGCCUCAUUCUUCGGUCUGUCCUCAAGAAAGCUGAAAAGGAAGAAGAGAUGAAUAAAGAAUCAAAUGCUCAUCUGCCAGAAUGGCUUUUCAAAAGACAACACCCUGGGAAAAAGUACUUAAGCGACCUGGAGAAGAGACAGCAUCCUGGAAAAAGAGAUGUUGAGGAAGACACAUCUUAUGGAGACACUCAGAAGAGGCAGCAUCCAGGGAAAAGAGAGACAGAAGAUGACCUUGACAGCUAUCUGGAGCUGAAAAAGCGACAGCACCCUGGCAGAAGGUCAUUGUCGGAUCAGUAUGCUGACACCCCUAGGGCACAGCUAACCUACUUGAAUGAGUUGUCCAAAAGACAGCAUCCAGGCAGAAGGUAUCUGACGUACAAGCACCAGCAUCCUAGCAAAAGAGGCUGGAAUGAUGAGGUAGACCUAAUUGACCAAUACGGUGAGAAACACCAGCACCUUGGAAAAAGGCACUGGGAUUCUGACAGCCCAGGUGAUGCAGGCCCCUGCAACUUUCAGGAGUCCUUCACCUGUAACAAAGGCAGCUUGUUGCUUGAUUUAGUAGAAAAUGUUAGCAAAGACAGGGUAGAAGAAAAACGUCAGCACCCAGGAAAGAGAUCAGCAUGGGAGAGUGAAACAGAGGAAUGA